ACUGACUGCCGGACAUCCUUACUGAGCCUAUCUUAGUGAGAAACGGAGGCUGAAGAGGCUUUGUCAGCCGGCUGCAUGUUCAAAGAGCACGCCAUCCCUGGGAGCUUUUGCACACACAUAUAAAGCGGAGGUCAUGGGCCCUUUCUUCCGUGCUCACCAGCCCUCCGUAACCGUUCCCCUCAUCGCAACCCACUUUCCACUCCGCCGGCGCCAUGUCCGAUCAGCCACAAUCCGUUACCGCUGACGUAUUCUACUUCUCGCCCCCAGAGGACGGCUCGAAGCCCUAUACCGACAUCAAUGCGGACCCCCUCGUCGGCAAGCGCCGCAACAACUGGAACCCCGAGCUGCACUCUGUCGAGGUCGAGAACCUCCGCGGCAAGGAAGACUCGGUGACGCUCGACACCGCGGGCUUCCAGUUCGGCCACGAAGCCGCCGCACACAAGACGUUCACGAGCGAUGCUGCGAUCGAGGCGGAGUACUACCCCGAGAGCAUCGAGCUCGUGAAGAAGAUCACGGGCGCGAGCCGUGCCGUCGUCUUCGAUCACACUAUCCGGCGCCGCCGCCCAGGCGAGAUUGACGACUCGCCGCAGAAGCGUCAGCCCGUCCCGCUGGCGCACGUCGACCAGACGACGGCCUCUGCCAUCGCGCGCGUGCACCGACACCUCCCGCCGGCGGAGGCCCCCGCGCUCCUCCAGCGCCGGUUCCAGAUCAUCAACCUCUGGCGGCCCAUCUCACACCCCGCGUACGACUGGCCGCUCGCGCUGUGCGACUACCGGAGCGUGGACCCGAAGACGGACCUUGUGGCCACCGACCUGAUCUAUCCGGACAGGAAGGGCGAGACGAACAGCGUCAAGUUCAACCCGAACCACAAGUGGAAGUACCUCCGGGGCAUGACGCCGGAGGAGUUCGUCUUCAUCAAGUGCUUUGACUCGAAGACUGAGGACAACACGGCGGUCCUGACGCCUCACACUGCGUUCCAGGAUCCGAGCACGCCCAAGGACGCCCCGUUCAGGGAGUCGAUCGAGCUCCGUCUGCUCGUUUUCUAUGACUGACUGAUUUGUUAG